CCUGGGAUCGAUGACGCCUGUUGUGUGGGAGAUUAUCAGACCUGAUGUAAGCAGUGGGGCACAGCCGCUAUAGCACGGCUCAGCAGUAUAAAUAGGCAGUGAAGGCAACGGAGUUUAAAGCAUCGCACUCCAGAGCAGCGACAACAUCGACUCAAUUGGCGAAAACCGACAGAACCAUGCUGGGCAAGGCUCCCCUCCUGGUAUUCUACUGCCUGACUGUACACACAAUGUGUUCACCGGUAUAUCCAGCACGAAGAUUUGAAAAUAGUUCUAUCCUGGGGAGAAUGCUCAGUACCCCAGCAGAGGAGAGUGACAUCACCCAAGCCAGAAGGCUGUAUGAGGACCAUGAGUCUGCCCUGGAUACCACUGGAAAACGAACUGAAAGACACGCUGAUGCAGUAUUCACCAACAGCUACAGGAAGGUCUUGGGUCAGAUGUCUGCAAGGAAGCUUCUUCAGACAAUUAUGGGCAAAAGAGUUGGUGAUAGCAGCCUUGAGGAUGAGCCGGAGUUCUUUUCCAAGAGAAACUCUGAUGACAUCUUUACAGACACCUAUGCUCGUUACCAGCGGCAGAUGGCAAUUAGAAAAUAUUUGGCUGAAAUUCUGGGCAAUCAAAGACUUGAAAAUAUAAACAUCAGGCAGCUGCCUGAGGACUUUUCUGCAGCUCUGGAAGCAUAUUAUGGAAGCAAAUCCUCUUACAAUAAUUAAUUGAAGCAGUGUCAAUUCUCCACCCUAAUGGAUCUUACAGUUUCAUUCAGAGAGAAAUUCUUCAUUAAAUUAGUUUUGAUGUACAGUAUUAUGCACUAAAUUUAUUAAAAUAAUUCACUGUAAACAUUAUUUCAAUGGAAAUUUGCAUUGUGCUAUUAUAUUAAAGUUACAUCUGCACAACUGG